AGUGCUCAAACAUGGGCUAAUUCUCAAGGUUAUGUGUUGGUGAAAAAGAAAACACGUAAAAAUCAGUAUAGUAAUUUAAAAAAUAUUGCAUUGUGGUGUGACUGGGGUGGAAUCUAUAGUGGCAAAGAAACACUUCUAAGACAAACAACAGGCAGUACUCUAGUUGAAGCAUUGAUAGAUGAGCUUAGAGAAGGUGAUUAUAUGUAUGAAUACAAAUGUGAUGAUAUAGGCCAUAUUACUCACCUUUUCUUCGCUUAUAACGAAUCUGUUCUACUUACUCGUCGAUAUUCCUCUGUUAUCCUUAUGGAUU